GGCGAAGGAACACUUUUUUCGUGSCGAGGAGUAUAGAUGCCAMGUAGCCACUSCGGYGGUGUGGCACGCGAUUUGGUCAAAGGAUAUGYCCAAGUGUCCUGCACAUUUGGCUUCUGYCGUGCAGGCCUUGCAGAGUCUCCCUCUAGGUCAUCCCUCUUUUCAAUGGCCACCUCUUCGUUUUCCCGAUAACGUCGUUCCGUCGACCGCUGCCGCCUCGCAAGUGGCGCCAUCUCCAUGUGCACCACUUGCUCCCCUCCCCCCUCGUCCGCUUCGUCAGACGAUUCCUGCAUCCGUUGAUGGAAGACCAUUUGUGGCAACGCAGCCUGAUGCGCAAGGCACCGUGCCAGUUUCAGGUGUCGGGGAACCUGUGCCGUUCGACGAGCAAGGCACUCGUGCUUUCGUCGAGGGCGGUGGGUGGGGGAAGGACACUGGCACAUCAUCAGGCGUCGCCCCGUUGUUCACUGGCAACAGGGACAAGGUCCCAAGAGUUCGACGCACAGACACACGUCCGGCCGUGGCAGGAGCACCCGCAACAGGACAUCAAUCCGCUGCGUAUCCAUGGUUGCCUCCCCCUCCUUCGCAAACACGACGGCCUACACCAGACUUGACUUCGGCACCUGUUGGCGAGGCCACUGCAACGGCCACUGAGGGUGCGGGAAACGUCCRGCUCGACGAGCCCGUCCAGGUUUCGGAUUCGUCACCCACUCCUGUGCCCGUGAACGGCCCGACCUCGCAGCACGGUGUUUUUGGGACACUGGAUCCCUUACAGAAUCUGCGCAACAUUGCAGCUCCGAGUCCAGGCCCCACCGCAUCACCUGCGGCCGGGGGCGGGGUGUGGGAUUCGCUAGGUAUGGGCACCGGUGCACGAGUGAGGGGCACUUACAGGCAGCAGGCGGUGACCUCGUAUUACAACGACCCGCUGGAGCACGCAUGGCACCUGCAGAUCAUGCGAUUCAUUGUCGAGAGCGGCAUGCCGUUCAACUGUGUGAAGCUUGAGAGCUUCGAACGCAUGUUGACGUUGAUCAUCUCGCCUGGGGUUCCAGGAGUCCCCACCCCAGAACCCCCAACGUAUCACAUGAUCCGUACCACACUUUUGGAUGAGCUUGAUGUGGAAGUCCAAAAGUGUGUGAAACCUGUCCUCGCUACUGCAGCUACCUACGGUUGCACGAUAAUGACAGACGGUUGGACGAACAUUCGGGGCCAAACGUUGUGCAACUAUCUCGUCGGCACUACACGGGGCGCCACAUACGUCGCGACAGAUGUUAUGCGAGGAAAGAAGGAUGCCACUACUCUGGCGCAGGCUUGGCUGCGAAGGUUGAAGUCCCUUGACAUCAAGCUCGCCGACAUCACCGCUUUCGUCACAGACUCUGCCAGUUCGAACGUUUCUGCGAUGGAGGUGUUCCUGAAGGAUGAGAGUGUCGAGCACAUCUUCUGGAUUCCUUGUGUGGCACACGUUAUGGACCUCAUCCUUGAGSACAUYGGYRGCAUUGACUGGGUGGCGACCCGCAUUGCUCAGGCGCGUUUGGUCACAAAGUUUUUCAAGCGUCAUAGCCACGCUCGCGAAGUUUUGCAAGCUUUCACGACGAAGGCUCUGCUGCUUCCCGCCGAGACUCGCUUCGGUACGCAUGUGAUUAUGAUGCGACGACUUCUUCUGCUGCAAUCGCAUCUUAUGCAGGUGGUCGUUGACGAUCGAUGGAAGGACACUGUUUGGUCAACGAAGAAGAUUCGAGACGACGCCGCGGAGGUCACAGCAUGUGUCGGUUGUCCUCAAUGGUGGGAGGAUAUGAGAGCGCUGUGCAAGUUAUUGGAUCCCAUCAUGGACAUGCUGCAGAUGGUGGUCAGCGACACGAGGCAGAUUGGCAAGAUUCURCGUCGGUACGACGAGAUGAUCGCGCGUUUGCGGGACGAGGGUUCUGUCAAGGCACUGCAUCCACUCACGUCUGCCGAAGCGGCAGUCUCAGUUGCAGCGACCUCGGAUGUGGGACAACCACUGGCAGCGGCGGAGCAAGAAAGUAUGCUCCCACCUCGCAGUGUUCAACCGCGGCCACCGCCUCCAUUGAUGGAGGGGAGUCAGGGGACCGUUGUUGUGUGUCAAGGCGACGAUCUCCCGGAACGUGAUAUCUCACACACUCCCGCAGCCGAGCAGAGCGCCACAGACCUUGUCGGCCUCGCAUGCCCCACCGGCAGUCUUCCGCGUACCGGCGAGUUACUGACCACGGACUCUGUGCUCGUUUCUCUACCGGACUUGUCGACGUUGAUAUCCCCAGGUCUACCCCAUGUGUCACCGCCCAAGCCACAACAGCCUGUUGUCAUUGAGCGUGGAUCGGACUGGUUUGACGUGGCAGGAGGCGAUAUUGCCGAUAUGAUUACGAGCCCAAUGGUGUCUGCCACGCCCACAAUUUUUCGUGUUGGCAAACUACGCGAGGUGGCCCUUGCUUUGGCGGAGACGGCGACGCGACACCGCCGCGAUGGUCAGCGCAGCAUCGCACAACGCAGUCUUUCUCAUUCGUUUGACGGCGCAGAGGAAGGGUCUCAUGGUGGGCCAGUUGACACACUKGAAAGASAAGCAAGACCCCCAAGUCCGCCGUCAAACUUAGAGCAUCAUCCGAUUGCCGCGGYUGUCGGCGCAGAUGSGGGCGUCCCSGUCACAAACAGUGGCGCAGACGCGACAGAACAGCUUGUGGUUGGGUCAUCGGCAACAGCACGGCGCGACAGAGCCACUGUUUUGCCGACAGUGGCAUUUUAUGCCAGYGGGAAGAGUAYUGGGGSGAUGGAUGAGCAGGGAGUCCGGAAUGUUGGUAGGCCAUCUGCACCGUCUAUGGGGAAACGAUCCAUUGGGAGUGUGGAUGGUGCUCGGCACACCGCCAUGGCCGAGUUUGAGGACCRACACGGGAGUGCUUUGCCGACGAAGACGUCUGAUGUCCAUGCUACGAGAGCCGCAAAGGCGAGUCUUUCUCGGGCAAGGAAGAAGGCCUCGGCAAGGAAAGCGUCACGUUCAUCCUCACAUAUGCGUUCCCGAGAGAGAGGAUCGGGCGUUGUGCAUCUCGAGGACGGAGAGAUUGCACCUGACGGCGACGCAUUGGAUGUUGGAGGGAGGGAUGCAACGACGGCGGAUAUCGUCGGCAGGGAGGGCACAUGGAAUGCAGUGGCAGGUCAGAAGAGAUGCGGCAGUGUACUUAUUGUCCACGACGACAGCACAGAUGUCGCCCCGGGAGAGACCACAGGCACUGAUGAUGCAGGGGACUCCGAUUACGUACCCAAACCACGGGCGGCAGAUGGAGAUGAUGGAGGAGGGCGACGAGUGAGACCGAGGACACGACUCAGGCCGCAAGGGCAACGAGCACAGGGCACACCAUCGGCGAUGAUUCCUGCCCCCGUAGAUCGGCGAGCUCAGGCGCAGCGGUUGCUGCGCAAAAUGGAGGCCACUCUUUAACAGACGCACGGUUUAUCGCUUGGCCGCGAAGA